AUGCGUCAUCAUCAGGAUCAUCCGUCUAUCACAAAGCAGUCGGACAAGUUAAUCGAGUAUCCAGUUUUCAACGUCACAUCUCAACAGAAAGCCGAAGAAGAACUUGACGCAAAACUCGAAAAAGACGACUUCGCAUCAAUGAAUAUUAUUGGUCAGUUCAAUAAAGGCUUUAUCAUAACGCAACUUUACAAUGAUCUCUUCAUUGUUGAUCAACAUGCCAGUGACGAGAAAUUCAAUUUUGAACGUUUGCAAUCGAAAGCGCGCAUACAGAGUCAACUGCUCAUCAGCCCUCGAGUGUUGAAUAUUGGCGCAAUGGAGGAGGCUAUUUUACGCGAUAAUAUUGACAUUUUUAAUUGUAAUGGCUAUGAAUUUCGAUAUGAUGAAGAAGAUAUUCACGAAAUGCUGUCUGUUCUCAAACAGUACCCAGGUAUCAUGUAUCGUCCAACCAAAGUCCAUAAACUAUUUGCAUCGCGUGCUUGCCGUACUUCUGUGAUGAUUGGCACAUCUCUGAGUUCAGCACAAAUGCAAAAGGUUUCAUUAUUAUUCACCGUUCCACUUCGGUAG